AUGUUCUUUCUACUAAUAGGACCUAUCCGGUGCUUGGCAGCUGUGCUCCUCCUGCUCUCUGGUGAGUUUCAUGUGAUGUGUUUAGCCUUCAUAGGAAUAUAACAGAGACAGGGGAACCUGUGACCCUACAGAUGCAUUGGACUCCAAGCCUCAUCAUCCAUGAACAUUGAUCAUGCUGCCUAGGGCUGUUGGGAGUUGGAGUCCAACGAUAUCUGGAAUGCCACAAGAUCCCUGCCAUUGGAAUACAAGAAAUGCCUCAACAACAACAAGGACUUUAUUUGCGUAGCCAACAGGCCAUAGCAUCAGAGGACAAACACCGACAAAAAUACAUUACAAAUUGGAAUACAUUGGAAUACAAGAAAUGCCUCAACUAUGUUGACCUCCUGCGGUGUUCUGGUUGGCUACUGAAGUUUUGGAUGCUUACAAAGUAGGGCAUGAAUGUGAUGUUCCUUCAUGGAACAGAAGAAGGACCUGGUGGAUCAAGCCAGUGGCUCACCUAGUCUAGCAUUGUGUUUUCACAGUGGCCAACCAGAUGCCUGUAUUUGUUGCCAUGAUGGCUAUGCCUGCAGGAAACCCAUAAGCAGGACCUGAGCACAAGAGCACUGUUCCCCUCCUGGGGUUUCCAGAAGCUGGUGUUCAGAAUAAUUACUGUCUCCAACCGUAGGGGCAGAGCAUAGCCAUAAUGGGAACAAAUAGCCUUGUCCUCCUUGAAUUUGGAUGAUCUUCUUUUAAAGCCAUCCAAGUUGGUGGCCAUCACUGCCUCCUGGGGGAGCAAGCUCUAUAGUUUAACAAUAUAUUGCAUGAAGUAUUUUCUUUUAUCUGUCCUGAAUCUUCCAAAGUUCAGCUUCAGUGGAUGUCCACAAGUUCUAGUAUUAUGGGGGGGGGGGACUUUUCUCUACAAUGGUACCUCGGGUUACAGACGCUUCAGGUUACAGACUCCACUAACCCAGAAAUAGUACCUCGGGUUAAGAACUUUGCUUCAGGAUGAGAACAGAAAUCGCUUGGCAGCGGCAGGAGGCCCCAUUAGCUAAAGUGGUACCUCAGGUUAAGAACAGUUUCAGGUUAAGAACGGACCUCCAGAAUGAAUUAAGUUCUUAACCCAAGGUACCACUGUAUUCACUUUCUCCAUUUUAUGUAUCAGAAGCUUUAACAGCCCUGAUCUAAAGUUAUCAGCUCUCAUAAUAAUUAUAUACAGACAAAAGUAGCAAUUUUUAAGUAAGCUAAUUUUAGAUUUAGAAAAAAAAUAUUUUAGUAAUCCUACAGCUGGUUGCUGUAGCUAACAUCAAAUGUUAUAGAUUCAGUUUAAUUGGUUGGGCAAGAAAGUUUGAAACCUGAAUAUAGAUGCUUGUGUAUAUAGAAUAUAUAUGUAGAGCACCUCUUUAAAAAGAAAAAGGGGGAAAUGAAGAAAUAAAAGCACUGCAUUAUUUUUCAUUUAACUUUUGCUCAAGCCUGUAGUAUUUGUGAAUUCUGAUGUAAGGCUGCUGGACAUCAGAGUUUUGCCAUUUUUGCAUUUUAGCCAUUACUUUUGUCUUAUUGCACUUUGUUCAGAAUGCCAGCUUUACUUGAUUAUAUUUUGAUAAACAAACUCUGCUGCCAUGUUAUGGUUUGCAUGCAGAUCUCUGUGCAGGAGAAAGGAUAGUAUCCAUUCAGAAAGGACUUCUGUAUCGAGCAAGAGGCUACCACAUCACCAUCUGGUGUAAUGUCAGUGGUUACCAGGGACCAAUGGAGCAGAAUUUCGAAUGGUCCAUUCAUCGGCCAUCGGACCCAAAUAGAAAGCUGCAAAUUAUCAGCACGGAUGACGCCUCCUUUCCUUAUGCUGUCUACUCUCAGCGCGUUGGAAGUAGGGAGAUCUACAUAGAAAGGAUCCGAGGAGAUUCUGUUCUGCUACACAUCACAGAGCUCAAAGACAUGGAUACCGGCGAGUAUGAGUGUUACACACCCAGCACAGAUGCUGGUUACCUUGGGAAUUAUGGUGCCAAAACGAACAUUUUCGGUAUGAUAUGACUAUUUACUGACCACUUAGCAGUUACCUUCAACAGUCUUUGGCCCACAAAACUGAUUGUGUAGCCCACCAGACAGUUCUUAGGGCUUGUCAGGUGUUUAACUGCACGGCUGGAUUUUGCCAUUCCACGGAGGCAGCAAAAGCAGAAACUGUUCAAAAGGGCUGCCAUACAUGGCUGCUUGGCUCGGCUCCAAUUGGAGUUUGAAAGUUUGUUCAGGCUUGUGUUAGACAGUAAAUGUGGAUGUUUUUGAAUUCAGCUGGAGAAUGAGCUCCACUCUGCAACAGCUGCUAAGUAAGAGGCACUGGAAUGGAGAUGCGAGACAGCUCAUGUGCUUUGCUGAACUGUUCUGCCUAUGACUUCUGAGGCUCCAUUAGUUUCCCUGGAAGGUGUGACCAAGAGUUAGGGAAUCUUUAUUUAUAAAAUCCUGUUCUUCCUUCAAGGAGCUGGGGUGGCAUACAUGAACCCCUAAUGACUCACAACAAUCCUGUGUUGAGGCAGUUUAGUCUUGAGAGUGACUUAAUCCAAGAUCACCUAGUACACUACAUGCUUGGGUGGGACUCUCCCUGCUCCAAGUCCAGCACUGGUAAGGUAUAAACAUUCCUUAGAACCACUGAUUAGUUCCUCCUAAAAAAUAAUCACUUCAGGGGGCUCAAUGGAUGCUAGUCAGUCGCUUCUAGUCCAACCUCUUCUAAAAGAAGUGUGUGGCUCUGUAUGCAUCUGUGAACAUCCUUCCAUCUGUGUUUUCUUGUAUUUCUUCAUUUCAUUUUAGUAAUUCCAGACCUGCUCGCUGCCACCAUGAGGCCACAGACUCUCACUCGAGAUCAAGGGGAUUCAUUAGAACUCAUUUGCGAAGUGUCAACAGCUACAGUCCAACACACCCACCUCUCGGUUGGUUGGUACUUUCUUCCAGAAGGAGGCAAUGGACAAGCCCAGAGGAUCCUUUCCCUGUCCAGAGAUUUUGUCUUACUACCAGGAUCCUCUUACAAUCAGAGGUUUUCCUCAGGAGAUAUCAGGCUAGACAAAAUUGGGAGCAGAGAAUAUAAGCUCUCCAUUGUCAGCGUACAACCCUCAGACCAGGGGGAAGUGUACUGUGAGGCAGUGGAGUGGAUUCAAGAUCCCGAUGAAACUUGGAAAGAUAUUGCCCGGAAACAGACAGACAAAACAUCACUGACCAUCAGAAGCCUGGGUAAGAGUUGUAUUUUCUACCCGUCAUAUAUCCUGCCAUUCCUGAAAGAGGCAAUGAGCUACUUGAUAGCCAGUGGGAGAGUAAUUGUCUAUGUAUUUUUCCCACAAAUGCACACAGUUAACUUGAUUCACCAUUUUACUCCAAGCCUUCUAUACAGCUCUGACAGGCUUCGCAUCCCAAAAACAAAUAUUUGAUUCCAUACAACAAUUGGGGAAAGAAAUUCAAAAAUGCAAGAGAGGCCAUUUUCCAUUAUUGAAAAUGUAAGCAAGAUUAGAGCAGUACUCCUUCAUCAUUUUGUAAAAGUUGCUUAGGAAUCUUUAUCGCUUGGAAUGCAAACUUUGUAACUAAUUCAGUUAUGUGAGAUGGUGUUAUCUGUGAGAAGGAAGGCUGUAUAUUUUACUCUAAAGACCUUCCUGGGAAGGGCACAAUAAAAUAAAAUUUAAUUUGCAGCUGAUGAUCUCCUUGGAGCCAGCUGGAACAUCAAAAAGUAGCAUUAUGUAUAAACAACUCUGGCUUUUUCAUUUACCAGUUUGUCAGUGCUUCUUUAUAUAAUCAGCCAUUCUGGAUUGCUGUUGUUGUUUUUUAAAGUUUUUAAAGUGCUGCUCUAAGCUACUGUAAUAAAGCUAUGGAAGAAUGAAAGAGAAAAGCACUCCAUCUACGCAAAGAGAAAAGAGACUGUCUGCUCUGUCAGAUCCAGGUGUGGCUCGUCCUAUUAACAUCCUGGAGUGUGGGGAGGAAUCAAGGACCAUACAUCAUGCAGACAUAAACCAUGAGACUGGCUAAAUAAUACAUGGUGCUUAACGCAAAUACUACUGAUGAUGAUGAUAAAGUGGUAGUUUAGGGUUAUUUUUCCCCACUCUUUCAGUUGCUACAGCUGUGCUGCUGUUGAAAUGUGAUCCUCCUACACUAGGGAAUUGAAAGCUAGCUGGCUGAUUCUGUUCUGCUUCUUUUCGCUUUCGGUUGCGGCUACCUGUAGUUCUUCUUUGCCUUAGCACCGACAGCUUCUGUGGAUCACGAAAAUCAUGUAGCGUUUCGAGCAAGAGGGCGGCAGGAGACUCACCUCGCUUCCUAGUCCAGCCAUUGCCAAGGCAGAUUGUGGUCUCUUCUGCAGCACGGCUGUGUAUUGUAGGGAUCGGGGAGGGAAGUAUUGAUGUAACAGGGAGCAGGACAAGGUUCAAGUGCUGGAAUAGAGGCCUGCUCACCCCUUGUGCUAACCAGAGGAUUUAACACCAAAUCCUGCACCUUGGUACAUACCUAGCACCAGUGCAUUAGGCAAAUGGAUUCUAUAAUUGCCUCUUUCCACGUAACAUUUAUUGAAAUUCUAUAUCCUCUUCCCCUCUGCCAGCUCCCCAUUUGUCGAAUUACAAUCUGUUGAGCUCUGCUGUGGGAUUAGUGCUGCAAGAACAUGGAGAAAGGGAUGGGCUGCCUUCCCACAUCCUCAUUCACCCCAGGGGAGCUGCAACCUAAAUUGAAGAGCACACAGCACACACCCUGUCUCAACAAGAGCGAUGCUUUUUUAACCCACUUCCAGGCUGAAACACGUUAUGCCACGUUGUUGGCAUAAGAUAUUCAGCAAAUAUUUGUGAAUGGCAAACGUUUGUUCGGGAUUUCUGCUCUGAAUUAUUUAUGUGCUUGCAUUCAAUGCCUUGGAUAAUUUAUGCGCAGUAAGCAAUUAGACCAGCGGCUCAAGCUAUGAUUAGCUGCAGUGCUUUGGGCUUUGGAUGCAUGGAGCGAGAGCUCUGAAAUUGCACUGAUAUUAGGGAAUGCACAGCACAGGGGCACAGGAGAUGUAAGAAGUUUCCUUGCACUGAAUCAGGUCACUGGUCAAUAUUGUCUAGGCCAACCUUUGCCAACCUGGUGCCCCCUGAUGUUGUUGGACUACAACUCUCAUCAGCCCCAGCCAACACAUGCUGACUGGGGCUAAUGGGAGUUAUAGUCCAGCAACAUUGAAGAGUCACAUUUUCAGGAAGCAGGUCUUCCAGGACUCGCAGCCAAGAUGGUCUUUGAAUGUCGGUAUUCCUAGGAAGAAGGCAGAGUAUGGGGUGGGAAAGUUGCCAAAACUGCCCUGGUUUCGUGGCUGUAGCAUUAAGAACGGAAGCUGAUUUUUGCACAUAAUAAUAAUAAUAAUAAUAAUAAUAAUAAUAAAUUUUAUUUAUAUCCCGCCCUCCCCAGCCGAAGCCGGGCUCAGGGCGGCUAACAACAAUAAAACAGUACAAAAGUACAACACUCUAAAAUCAUUCAUUAUAAAAUUAAUUAAUUCAAGCCACUGGCAACCAUUGGGCCAGAGCUCCGCGAAGAUUGCCGAGGGAGGGAGUUAGGCUGUGCCCUGGCCAAAGGCCUGGUGGAACAGCUCUGUCUUGCAGGCCCUGCGGAAAGAUGUCAAGUCCCGCAGGGCCCUGGUCCCUUGUGACAGAGUGUUCCACCAGAUCGGAGCCAUGGCCGAAAAAGCCCUGGCUCUAGUUGAGGCCAGCCUAACUUCUCUGUGGCCUGGGACCUUCAAGAUGUUUUUAUUUGAAGACCGUAAGUUUCUCUGUAGGGCAUACCAGGAGAGGCGGUCCCGUAGGUACAAGGGUCCUAGGCCGUAUAGGGCUUUAAAGGUUAAAACCAGCACCUUAAACCUGAUCCUGUACUCCACCGGGAGCCAGUGCAGCUGGUGUAGCACCGGGUGAAUGUGAUCUCGCAGCGAAGACCCCGUAAGGAGUCUCGCUGCAGCAUUCUGCACCCGCUGGAGUUUCUGGGUCAGUCUCAAGGGCAGCCCCACGUAGAGCGAGUCUGGAGGUGACCGUCGCGUGGAUCACAGUGGCUAGGUCAGGGCGAGAGAGGUAAGGAGCCAACUGCUUAGCUUGGCGGAGAUGGAAAAAUGCCGCCUUUGUUGUAGCUGCAAUCUGCGCCUCCAUGGAAAGGGAGGUGUCGAAGAUUACACCCAAACUCUUAACGGACGGUGCUGGCACUAAUUGUGCCCCCGCAAGAGAUGGGAGUUGCCCCCCAAAUCCCAUAUCGUCCCACAUCACAUUUUAGCCCCCUUCAGCCUCCUGCUUUCAUGCUGGAAAUCAUAGAAUUGUAGAGUUGGAAGGGACCCCUGCAAUGCAGGAACCACAACUAAAGCAUCCAAGACAGAUGGCCAUCCAGCCUCUGCUUAAAAUCCUUCAAGGAAGGAGAGUCCAUAACCUCCCGAGGGAGACUUUCUCACAGUCAAACAGCUCUUACUGUCUGAAAGUUAUUCCUGAUGUUUAAUCAGAAUCUCCUUUGUUGUAACUUGAAGCCAUUGGUUUGGACCCUACCCUCUGAAGCUGGAGAAAAGAGCUUGGUCCAUCCUCCAUGUAGAUAUUUGAAGAUGGCGAUCAUGCUGGAGGAAGAUGCCCAUGAAAAUAUGUCACACAUCAAGUAUGGUAUACUCCUGCUUAUUGCACUAAAGCUACCACCUGAAAGGCAAAAUUGAAUCUGGACUUAACUAUCUCUGCUGCUUUAUAUUUUCACAGAUCAAAAUUUUGAUGUUGACAUCGCUGUUGCUAAGAGGUCUCUCCUGGAAGGGGAAGCCUUGCAGAUCAACUGCUCUGUGAAAGCCCAGAAUACGCAAAACAGAUGGUUCCGGGUGGUUUGGCGCCAUCACAGUAUGGUGAUGGCUAGUCUCGAUCAUUAUGGCACCUUGUCUUUUCGAAAUGACAAUGAGGAAAGGUAUACUGUGGGAAACCUCCUAGUGAAGAAGCAGAGCAAUGAUAAGUACAUCCUCAGAAUCAACAAGGCGGAACUGAAGGACAAAGGCACCUAUAGCUGUUUCGUUUCUGAAGUUGGGCAGACUCCCACUGGCUCCUUUGCUAUCGCACAACAAAAGUCUUCAUCAGCCAUUGAUAUAGAUGUGAAGCCUAGAGGUCAGUCAUGCCAAACGCUUUCCCUCCAAACAAAAUAUGGGAAUAGCCCCUGGGCUGGGGUUCACUGAUGCCCUUUGCUAGCAUACUCUAAACCAAAACUCACAGGUAUAUUAGACCAUUCUGUAGCAUAGGGCAGUCCAGUGCUUCUCUUCUAAAAAUAAGGCUCCAGUAACCUUGAGUACCCCCAGAAAAAAAGCACUGGGGCAAUCCAACAUUAAAAGAAGUCAUUCAGAACUGACCAGAGACUCCAAAUUUUGCAAUCAAACAUCAGUCUCCAAAAUCCUAUGGGAGAGGUAAAUUGUGCAACUAUAACAAUUUAAGGCUUAAGAUGGUGAACACUGAGUGUGUCCUUUUCUAUAUACCAUCUUUCCAUUGUGGGCUACAGAUAGAAAAUAGGAAGUGGUUUGAGAGCACUGUCUCUUCCUCUGUGGUGUAAGCCAUUUCCUGACAUUACAACACAUUUGACAGCUUUUUGAAACACUACAAAUUCCUGCUUAUUAGGGAUAGUUGGAUGUACAAGUGCACUAGUAUCCCACUUUCAAAAAUGAUUUCAUAUUUGGGGUGGGGGGUGGGGACUGCUGCCUGUAUCCAGCCUUAGUUUGCAAAGUGGGAAUAGACUGGUGACAUCAUCACCACUCCAGACUGUCUCUCAAGUUUUUCUUCAUUAGUUAAGGAUUCCAUUCUAAUGCUUUCACUAUUUCCCCAUUUUUCUCCCUAUGUACCUCUUUGUUCCAUGAUUUCCUGUCCUAUUUCUGUGGGCUUUUUACAAAGCUAUGCAGCUUCAAGUGUGCUCCUUUAAAAAAAAAAAAGAUCUGGCAAACUGCUGUUGAAAAUUUGCAUGAGGCAACUAUACAGGAAUGUCUGUGGUCCAGGAAUAGAUGAAAGUUUCAUUCAGGAUAAAACUCCCAUUCCCUUCAAUCUCAUGAACAUCCCUGCCUUCAAGUUAGAUUUAUGUAGUAUACCAUAGCUUAUUUCAGUGUUCAGGGGCAUAUACGCGUCUGUUCCUUUUUUAAAGUUUUGUGAUGGAGGAAUUGGGAAAGAGUAACAAACAUGAGCAUACUAGUUUUCUAACCCUUCUGGUCUGAUCAUGAAGUCUUUCUUCCCAUCACUGAAAACUCUACAUCUUCAUAGCUCUACAAUUCAGUGAUAAAGAACAUUUUUUAAAUUGUGAAGUUCCUUCUUUGACGAGUAGCAUUUGCAUUUGACAAAUGAAAAUGGAUACCAAGGGAUGUCUAGAUUCCUCUUCUUGUCUCAUUAAAUUCUGCCUACUGUUCCUAUAAUACUAUUAUUUGAUUGAUUAUUUAAUUUUGCUAUCCCACAUGUCUCCAACAAUACCAGGGUAGCAUACAUGAUUCUAUUUCCUCCUUUCUAUUCACAACAGGCCUGUAAAGUAAGCUAGGUGGAGAGUGGGAAUUUGAACUCUAAUCUCUCCACCAAUCCAACCACUCCAUCAGCUUCAGCUGUGCCCCUACUUGGGUAGGGAUAGUCUAGCUAUUGUUGUCUAUGCACUUUUAACCCCUAAGUUAGAUUAGUGCAUUGCAUUAUACAUAGGGCUGCCUCUGAAGCUGGUGCAGAAACUUCAGCUGGGGCAGAAUUUGGUGGUCAGGUUGCUCACUGGGCGCAGGAAUGUCCAGCUGAUGAUUCCUCAGGAUCAUUGGCAGUCUGAAUAUGUGCUGGAGGGUUCAGCUUCUCUUGGUCCUCAUUGAAAGGAAUCUCAGGUUUGAGGUUUAGACACAGCUGAAUUAUGGCCAUGUUGGAUGAGGAGCUCGAAAUGUUUGGGAUCCAUUUAAGUCAUCUGUUUCAGACCUCCUUCACAAAAUGAGAAGAAGACCAGUUCUGCAACACUUUGUUAUGGUUAUAUUACUGCCAAAGAGCAAGGGCAUAGAUUGUAGGAGACAGUAGAGUUCUCAGCCACGGUGAUCUGGUAAAACCAAUGAAUUUGGUGAUCUCGGUGUUAAGGAAAACAACAAGUCAGGAACCAAAAAGCCAUCUAGUGAGAGAGGGCGAGUCACUUAGUCUCUUCAUGCCUUACAUUUUGUCCUAUGGAGAAAUGAGCUCAGUGUGAAAAGAUCUUAACACAUGAUGGUGUAUAAGAACAUAGUAUGAGUUGUCUGGAUCACACCAACGGCCCAUCUAGUCCAGCAUCCUGUUCUCACAGUGACCUAUGGGACAACAGCACACUCUCCACUAGUGAUUCCCAGCAAGUGGCAUUUAGAAGAAAACUGUCUCCAUCAGUGGCAAUAAAGAUAUGGAUGAUCUCUAUACAGAAAAGAGGACAUGUAUCAGACGAGAAACGUAGAGGACAUGUGUCAGUGAAACUUUCCCAUUAACCAGUUAGAAUGCUCAGUAGAAAAGUAAGAUGAUCUUCUAUGAAAUAGAUAGUGUCAAAAUGCAAACCUAUUCUGUGUCUUCUUCCCUCUUUCCCUUUGAUUCAGAUUUAUCCAUCUAUAUAACCAUUCAGAUUUAUCCAUCUAUAUAUCCAUUGUGUUUUGUUCACAGAAAGCCACUUGCAACUGUUUGUGUGGGUCAAUAAGAAACAAAUAAUGGAAGGAGAAACUUUGGUCUUCAACUGUAAUGUGAAUAUAGCUGCAAAUUCGCUAUCUGUGAGCUGGUGGCAUAUCCAGAGGGACAGAGAUCCUCCACUGCUCAUAGCCAGCCUGGAACAAAAUGGCAGACUAAAGAUAGGUGCUUCUUACUUGGAGCGCAGUGCUCAUGGUGAGCUGAGGUUAGAGAAGAGGGACCCUUCCAUGUUUACCUUGACCAUCUACAACACUUUAGCCACAAAGGAUACAGGGCUGUAUCGCUGUGAAGUGACAGAGUGGUCUGGGAGCAGGAGCUGGAAACACACACAGGAAAUCUCAACAAGAGUUGAACCACUGGGUAAGUUCAUCCUAUAUCCUUUCCCUUUCACAUACUUCUAGCUAUCCUGUCUAAUUAUCCAAGCUAAAUGUUAUACGCAACAACUCUUUAAGCACACAUAUAUGUCUUUGAGAAGAGACCGAACCAGUCCCAGGUUCAAUCAGAGCAUCUGUUUCAAAGGAUCAGGUAGCAGGUGGUAUCACAGGCCUCUGCCUGAGACCCCAAAGAACCACUCCCAGAGUGGACAGGACUGGAUUAGAUGAACUGACCCAAGCCCUAGUACAAGACAGUGGUCUGACUUCCUAACACUGUGCUGCAGAGAUGUAUAAAGUACUCCUGAAACAUCAUUCCUCCUUCUGUGAACAGUCUAUAACUGAGCUGGGUUAUUUCUUGCUAAGCCCAAGGCAAUGCUUUUGUGAUUUUGACUCAGUUGGCUUGGAAGCAAUCCAGGUCAGCAAACAUCUAUUCAACAGAAUGGGUGUGAUAUGAUAGAAAAUAUAAUAUUUUAUGACAUCUGUCCUUACCUCAGCAGUGAGACUUUCUAGACAAGUAGUGAGUAGUGAUCACUCACUGUAGCACAAGAUGUUAGGGAAAAUACUGUCUCUCUUUAAGUAACUGAGACUCUGAUGGCAACUGCUGUAUGUUGGCUACUACAGGUGUAAUGUCCAAAAUAGUCAGGUGACCAAGACUUUCCUACAAAUAGAAAUUUGAUGGCAUUUGGGAGAGAGAUUGACAAGGUAUCUCUGGUGUUGAUGUAAAUGUCCUCAAUUUUCUCUGGCUUAACAGGGCAGAAUUUGAAAGCUAUACUGAGUAGCAGAGUUCCAAAUGUAAAACUGCAGGAAGACCUUGUACUGUUCUGCAAGGUGGCUGGUAAUGAUGACAUCACCAACAAUGUGCCAAUUUCCAUCACCUGGCUAUUCCAGCCUCACUUGAAGCUGAGUGGCUAUCAGCAAGUGGUCAAAGCCACCGCAAGAGGCACCAUCGAAUGGGGAUUGGCGUUUAUGCAAUUUGAGAAGAAAACCAAGAUUACAAAAGCCUCUUCUUUAUCCCAACUCCUUAUCCACAGUGUCACAUGGCAAGAGAGAGGGAUGUAUAAGUGUGAAGUUGAAAUCUGGAGAAACUCACAGGAUGCCAGAAACUUGUCUGCAAUAGCAGCUUCUGUGCUAUCCUCUAAUCCUGUGGAGAUCAAGGUCACCCAACCAGGUAGGUGUUUAGAAACCAUUGUCAGCCUAACCUUUUCCUUUUGCUACAGUAUUAAUCACUGUCUUCUAGGAAGCGUCUCUCAUAAGUCUUCGUGAUUGACUCAAAUCACAGUCCAAUAUGUUGAAUGCAAUAGAUUUUAUUUUGCCCCAUAGUGUUGACUGUCUUUUCCCAAACAUAUCCAAGACUGCCUUACUUUGUGACAUUUGUAUUAAAUUUUUCUAUUUUAUUUAAAUGUCCUACCAGCUUUAUGAAUGGAUAAUUCCUAAAAUCCCUCCAAUGAUGUAUAAGGGAGCACUGAUAAAACAAAUACCCUUGGUUGUAUCAAGAGCUCAGAGUAGACCCACUGAAGCUAAUGAACCGAAGUUAGCAACGUUCAUUUUUAUUUAUUUAUUUAUUCAUUUUCACUCUGAGUAGCACAAGUAUUGUAUACAAGCCACUAUUCCCAUCUCAGUGAUUUGGUUACUUCUGUUCUUAUAUUUGCUAAAUGUGUUUAUUGUUUUUAAAAUUUUAUAGAUUACUUUGAGUUGUUUUUAAAUGCAUUUUAUUUUAAAUUGUCACCUAUCAGUGAUGGUUCUGCCACCAUGGGCUCCUUUAGAAAGAAGGACAGAAUAUACAUUUAAUAAAAUAAACAAAAAUAAAAUAAAGCCCCUUUUGUGAAAGCACCCCCCCUUUCUUCUGUUUGCCAAGAAUAGGCAAUAAGUUAAGAUGCUAGAGGAAGCUGAUAACUUCUUACCAUACGUCUGACCAAUGCUGUGGAAAGGGGAGACGUUUUGAAAUGACUCAUACUGGGGGUUUUGCACCCACAGUGGGUAGACAAUAGUUUUUGCAGAAAUGCAUCCGUUGACAGCCUGCGCAUAUAAUGGGAAGCAGCUGCUGGGUUCUUUUGCAUACUUCACUUGCCACCGCAGAGAGAAGAGAUUGCACUGUCAGCAGCUGGGUUCAAAGCAAGAGAAGGAACUUGGAGAUUGUGCUCAGUUAAUUAAAUUGAAGUGGGUUCUGAUUUCUCCUUUCAAGUCAUCUCUCUUUAGCAAGGCCACUGUGGGUGACAAGAAACUUAAAAGAAAGAGCCUGGCUAUCCUUAGCAAGAUCUGCUUUGGGGGGGAAACUGUAGCAGGUUUUUGUAAUCGGCAUCUUCAGAUGAAAAUCAAGUACAGAGCUCUGGGAUCUAAUGAGAAUAUUGGAAGCGGGAAAGGAUGCCCUUAUUACAGCCUUUUCCAAGAGUCCUUUCUCUUGGAAGCGAUUCAGACGCUAUCCGUGAUACUUCCUUGAGAGAAGCCAACAACCCGUGCAAUCCUUUCCACAAUCCCUUGUGGGUUUUGCUUUUGCUAUAGUCUACAACUUCUUCAUUGCUGAUGAGGCACAAUGUGAAAACCAUUAAGAUGCUAUUUCCACUUGCUGGAAAGGUUAACAAGCCAAAUCAUAGAAUUGUAGAGUUGGGCUCCAAGGGUCAUCUAGUCCAACCCCCUGCAAUGCCAGAAUCACAACUAAAGCAUCAAUGUCAGAUGGCCAUUCAAUCUCUGCUUAAAAACAGCCAAGGAAGAAGAGUUCACAACCUCCUGAGGGAGACCAUUCCACUAUCGAUCAGCUCUUACUGUCAAAAAGUUAUUCCUAAUAUUUAAUCGGAUUCUCAUUUCUUGUUGUUUGAAUCCAUUGGUUCAGGUCCUACUCUCUGGAGCAGCAGAAAGCUUGUUCCAUGAAUUAUUGUAUUUUAAUCUUUUGUUGGAAGCCGCCAAGAGUGGCUGGGGAAACCCAGCCAGAUGGGCGGGGUAUAAAUAAUAAAUCAUCAUCAUCUUCCGUGUGGAAGCCCUUGAGAUAUUUGAAGAUGGCUCUCAUUUCACCUCUCACUCUCCUCUUUUCCAGGCUAAACAUACCCAACUCCCUCAAGCACGUCUCAUAAGGCUUGGAAGGACCCAACAUACCUUCUCUGAUCAUUUCACUUAGGCAGCCGUAAAUCCUUUUGCAGGAAUGUGACGGGCAAGAUUAGGAUUAAAAUGAAAGGAAGGAGAAGUAAGGAAGGAGGAGUAAGGAGAUGGACAGACAGCUGCUCUGAAUGAGAGAAGAUCGUAAAAUGGAUAAUAAUGAAGAUGGUGCUCAGAUAUUUUCUAGAUCUCUGAACAUCUUCCUUUCCAUCCAGUCAGAACUCUCCCAUUUAUGUCACAGAUAGUUUUAAAAUCACAACAGAGCAAAAACUAAAGUGGAGGCAGAGUUACAUUCAGGAGGAAUUUGCAACAAUUUACGAUAUGCGUAUAAUUCCUUUUAUGAUUUGACUUUUUUGGGUGAGCCUGGCCCACAUUAUAUAAUCAUUGCUAAAGGUUUAAGAAUGGGGGCAUUACUUUCUUUCUAGUACCUCUGAAUAUAGUGCUGAUUUCUAAAGCUUUUUGUGGAGCAAAUAUGCGUGUUAAAAGAGGUUCUAAAAUGUAAAGAGAAGUGCAGCAAAUUAAAAUGUGCUGGAAUCCUGAAACCCAGAUGGGAACUCACUCUAUAUAUAUUUUUUUAAGGAUAUGAAUGAAUCAUGGUCUUCAUAAGAGCUUGAACAAAAUUGUUUGGCCUGUGUUCUGCAAAAUUUAUAUUAGAAUAGAUUGUUUUUUGUAAUAUAUUCAGUUAAUUUAAAUACUAUUUCACAUUUCAAUAUACAUCUUAAAUGGUUUAGAACAAAAAAAAAUCAGCAUAAAAAUACAAUAUAAUUCUACAUUCUAAAGUAAGCAAAAUUGCUAUGAUUACUUAUUAUAUUGUUAUUAUUCCACAUUUUAAUAAUGGUGUCAAUAUUAGCAAGUAACUACUAUUUCUUUGCCUUUUAUUCUAGAAAGCAAUCUAAGACUCAACAUGGAUGUAAAGUCUUUGGAAAUCACUAGCAAUGAAGAUGUAAGAAUUGAUUGCAGAAUCAGGUCAUGGACCAAUGAGAAUUCUGAGUUAGGAGUUGCCUGGUACUUUCUCCCAUUUUCUCCCACGAAUUCAGUUCCACUGCUGAUUAUAAGAACGAAUUACACUAACAUAUUGGAAUAUGGGGAGGCGUUCAGUUCUCUGCAUCAGAAAUCCAGGUUUCAUAACAAGAGGGUCUCCAACCACCUGUACCAGCUGCUUAUUCUGUCAGGGGGUUAUGUUGCCCAUGGCGAAUAUUACUGCGUAGUAGAUGAGUGGAUCUGGUUAACAGAUGGGGGCUGGUACAAACUUGGAACGAUGGAAUCUGGAAAAACCACGCUAAAUUUCAAGUUUUCAGGUAACCGACUUUAUUUAUUCAUGGAUCUUUUAGAUGAGGGUAGCCAACAUGGUGCAUUUGGGAUGUUUUGGCACUGAAAUGACAAGAGAUUCUGCCAUUCUCUCUCCCCGCCCUCAGUGGUUCAGCUGAGCUGGGGCACCAUUGCAGAAAUAGGAGGACUGGCACAAAACACUGGGCUGCCUGAGAAGAUUAGACCACUCAUCACUGUGCUUAUCUCUGCCUACUCCUGGCUUAGCUCUUUGGCGGCAUGCUGGGGACCUCAGUGCCACUCUUUGAGGGGGGCACAGGGAAUAAGGUCACAAUGGAGAAUGUCUGCCCAUGAAAGCAGCAGAUGCAUUUUAAACUGGCUUUAAACAUUUACUUUAACCCAGGCUUCCUCAACCUCGGCCCUCCAGAUGUUUUUGGCUACAACUCCCAUGAUCCCUAGCUAGCAGGACCAGUGGUCAGGGAUGAUGGGAAUUGUAGUUUCCAAACAUCUGGAGGGCUGAGGUUAAGGAAGCCUGCUUCAACCAUUUAAUCAACUCUGCUUGUCUCUGUACUGGUAUCCCAAGCUACAAAAUCAUUUUUAUUGCUUUUGAGUCUUAUAUUGGCACGUUACUGCCUUUAAAACUUGAUUCUUUUAUAAAUUAACAUCACCAUCACAAGAGUCAUGUGGAUAUUGCUGGCUCUCGGGAGCAGAGACACUAACAUUGGUUCAUUAUUGGUCUGUUUCAAAUCCCACAAAUAAGCAAUGCACUACUAUCACCAAUGCAAUUGUGUUUGUGUGUACACAAUUGCCUCCAGUAAAGAUCCCCAAAGUCAAUACUCUUAAUUCCCCCAAUUUAGUGCAUUCACCUUUGUUCUACCUUUUGCAUUAACAUUACAUCCCCCAGGCGUUGUUGUUGUUAGAUACAGACAAACAGCAGGCUGAGAUGCCUGCUUGCAAGUAGGUCUCUGCCUGCUGUUUGAAAUGAUGGAUCUCCCAGGUAUAUGGCCUAAUAAUUUGUUGUUAUAAACAGCCACUCCAAAAUUUGAGCAGACUUACUCAUGAGUACAACCAAAUCUUUGUCUAGACAUUGUAGGGGAGUUAUGAACCCUUUAAGAAGGCGAUGACUUACCCCUCAAUAUCUCUGACUCCAGCAAGACACACAGGGCCCCUUCCAGACUGGUGUUUGAUUGUGUGUGUAUUCUGCAACAUCUUUGUGAUGUAAUACCAGUGCAUUGGCAGUGGAUUCAUUCUGCUUUGGUUUGUUCUGCAAUGUUCUCCCCCAUGCUACCACAUUAUUGCUGUUGGAGGGGUUAUAGCGCAACAAAAGCAGGAUAAAAACAAACCAGAACAUUAGUCAUAUUUUUAAAAAAAUUGUGGGAUUUCAGCAGGAAGCUACAGGAUCUCCACUAGCUGGAAGUGAAGCUCCAAAACUUUUGCAGCUGCAAACAGUAUUGAAAGUGGAAUUGCAUUAGACCAUCCGGAACCAUCUGAACAAUUGGGCAGACUGAGGUUGCUGAGGUUCUUGAGGCGCCAGCCCUAUGGGCAUCCUGCCUGCCCUGCCAGCUGGGCAGAAGUGGCGUUGGUAUCGGCCGAAAUCAUGUGAGAUCUUGUGGAGUGUAGAAUUUUGACUAGAUCUCACCCAAAAUUGGUGCUGAUGCUGAUGCUGCUUCUCCACCAGUGACUGAGCCGGCAGCAUAGGCAGAGAAGCGGCACUGGUGGCAGCAGGUCUGGCGGCAGUGGUAGGGUAGGGCAGCACUUCUUGUUUUGCCUCGCUGCUCCUGAGACUGCCCCAAGAGCAUCAUGUGUGCAAAUCAUCAUGAAUGCACACACAAAAAGCUGUCUGGAGGGGCCCACAAAGUGUAGCUUGGACCAGCUAUUUCUGGUAUGUCCCGGGACAAUUCCUAGGAUUGGGGAAUGCAUAGUGCCAAUCGGAGUGAUUAAAGGUGUGACGUAAUAUCCCAAAUAACAUUUUCUUUUUCUUUCUUAUUUUGGUUCUCCCCCAGAAAAUAAGCCACUCGUUGAAAGAAUGAACUACAGCAUCACUGUCAUGGAAAAUGAGGACGUGACCUUGAACUGUACCCUCCAGAGGCCAUUCCAGCCCACCUCCCACUUCUCCAUCAGUUGGUUCAGAGUGUCAGAACAGUCCAGUGUGGAAACCCUGGUGCAUAUGAAAGGCAAUGGCAUCAUUGACUACGGUAAUGGCACAAUGUCAAGGAGACUGCACCCCCAUUGCCCUUCUGCGGGUGAUUUUCUUCUGAUCCUGCAGAAUGUGGAGAAGGAUGAUGCUGGGCUGUUCUUCUGCCGGGUGGAAGAGUUCAAGGCUGUCGACUGCAGUGCUGAAGGAGCAAAACAUGAAUGGGGUGAAUCGGGAUUCAGCAAGCUAGUUGUACUCCCUUCAGGUAAUGCUGAUCUGACUCCCGGGUGCAUGUCAGUGCUGAACUCCCAGCCUUAUACCUGGUUUAAAGGCGAUCCUUACCCUCUUUAGACAGUUCAGAUUGGGGAAAGUAAACACAUAAGAGGAAGCAUUUGGGCACACUAGCUCCACCCCCUUCACAUUUAUUCCAUUCACUUUCCAUCUUGUGGAAUCAAAAAGAGUCAUCAAACACUGGGGACGAAGAAGGAACAGGAGGGCUUAAUUAUGGAGUUGGGAUGUGGCAAGGCAAUAGGAAGAAGGGUAGUAGUAAUGGGUUAUUCUGUAAGAACAUUAGAAGAACCUGCUGGAUGAGGCCAAUGGUCCAUCUAGUCCAGCAUCCUUUUCUCACAGUGACCAAUCAGGUGUCUAAGGGAAGCCAGACAGCAGAAUCUGAGCACAACAGUACUCUCUUCUUUUAAGCCAAAUUUCAGUGGCAGGUAGAGAUCCUAGGGUGUCAGGAAAGGCCUCUGCAAGGACUUUAGUAACUGCUGGUGCCCCUUGGUGACCCCUUUUGAUUGAUAAACAUAGUAGGUAGAUAAGCCUUACACAUUCGGAGCACAGAAAGCAGACAGAAGGUUUGUUUUGCUACUGUUAUAAAGUGAGACCAAAAGACCAAGCAAUCAGUAAGUGGAAGCUCCAAUGAGUGUUGGAGCAACCAGCUUCCCGCUAUCAUACACUGAGAAUGACUAAAUGUAGAAAAAUGAACAGUGUAAAUAAAUACCAAAAGAGAGGCAAUACUUUUCUGUAGCCGCUUCCAGUCUCUGCUGAGUCCUCUUAUAACAGUCCCAUGGUGUCAAAUUGGCUAAAAAAUUCCAUUUCAUGAUUUUUAGUGCAGUAUGGUAACUUUAAGUUCUGCCCAAUAAUGUCUUAGGAGACUGAAAUGCUAUCCUAGUGGUUUGUGUCUCCGUUUAUGCGAUCUCACGCAGAUUUUUACCUGGCCUAUGAAAAUGGGAGAAGCACAUUGCCUGCAGUUGAUGGCAAAUUCUAAAACAGUGCUAAAAUGGCAGUGCAGACACAUUCCAAGAAUGACAAUCCAUGCCGUGUAUUAUGCACGUGAUCUAAAUAUAACUACAGUGGUACCUCUGGUUAAUAACUUAAUUCGUUCCGGAGGUCCGUUCUUAACCUGAAACUGUUCUUAGCCUGAGGUACCACUUUAGCUAAUGGGGCCUCCCGCUGCUGCCGCACCACCGCCACGCGAUUUCUGUUCUCAUCCUGAAGCAAAGUUCUUAACCUGAGGUACUAUUUCUGGGUUAGCAGAGUCUGUAACCUGAAGCGUCUGUAACCUGCAGCGUCUGUAACCCGAGGUACCACUGUACUUGGUCACAGACAUUUCACUUUUGCAUAUCUGUUAGAAUGGGUGAUAAUGAAGAUUCUGAAAAUAUUUUUUUUAAAAGAUGUAUUCAACAUAUAUUAAAAUGCAUGGUUUUUAAAAGAUGUAUUCAAACUUUCUGCAGCCUACAUAGAUGAAGGAAAUUCAAGAAUGAACAACUAUGUUUUCACCCUGUUUCCCUCCCUGCAGUGUCAACCAGUUCCACCCAGAUCUGUUCUUCUCCGCCGCUGUUCCGUUUCCUUGUAUUCUACCCUCUGGUCCUGUUUGCUAUCCUGGUGGCUGCCUUCCUCGUCUGGCACUUCAAAAAGAAAUGUGCUCAGAAGAACAAACUGAGUCUGUGGGAAGAGAAGACAUCUGUUGAAGCUGCUGAGAUGGUGGCACCAUCCCAUUCCAAGCUCAGUUCCGAAAGCCACAAAGACAUAGCGGAGGAAGAAACCAAUCGUCUCAAGGGUAACGAAGAGGAGUGACCAUUUGUUGAAGAGUGAACAGAGGCAUUUUGUGCUGCAUUGAAUUCUGAUGACUUUGAGGGAGACUUCUCUUUAGCACUCAAUCAGAGCAAAUGGCAAUUUGGGUUCUCCCAAGACAGACAGAUGUCAACAACUGAUGUUGGAGGCUAUCUCCAUUCUCGCUGUUGGUUUGACUUACAGCUCCCUCCCCUCUUUUUCUCUUCUUCUUCUUCCUAUACUUUUUGACUCUGUGGAUCUUCACAAACAGGUACAAUAUUUAGCAGCAGGAAGUUUUAUUCAACAAUCUAGAACUUGCCUCUAGAGAGUGUGAAGUGAACUCUGUUCCCUUCUCAGGCAGCGCACGGGAAUGAAUUCCUGGCUCAGUGCUUCUUUUAAAUGGAUUUGUUACUCGUGGGGCACGAACUCAACAUGGUACUUUUUUAACCAUGCAGAGAGGCACUUUUAACCUUUCAUAAAAAGACAUAAUAAAGCAAUAAUGCCAUGGAUGUAUUUCAGCAUUAAAUUUAAAGACGGUUAGCACUUAAAUUCCCGCUGCCUUUCUCCCAUUCUAAUUCUAUUCUCUGCUGACCCUGCACAGUUUUAUGAAGCUCAGAUUUAAGGUGAUUCACUGUGGGUUUUUAAACAAGACUCAAGACAGCAGAGACACACAAAUAUCCCCUCUUAAUCUCUUUCAUGGACACACUGAGACAUAUUCCAGAAGAACUGAACAUUUAGAAUACACACUUUAUCAGAAUUUUGUAGCAGUUUGAGAGUCGGACUAGGACCUGGGACACCGUGACUCAAAUUCCCACUUGGUCAUGAUGAAGCUCACUGGGUGACCCAGGCCAGUUGACUGCUUCUCAGCCUAACCUACCUCACAGGGUUGUUGUGGAAAUUACAUGAGGGAGGGGGAGAACAAUGUAUACCAUUUUGAGCUCCUUGGAGAAAAAGGUGGGAUAAAAAUGCAAUUAUUAUUUUUUUUAAAUUGCCAACUAUAUAGAAGGUAACACAAUCUUGAGACUAGUCCCAAGGGUGAUCAACGAAUCAAUGCAUGCAAAAAAAUUUGCAAAGCAACAGGGGAUGCUGUUACCGGGUGGCCCUAAGAAUCUGUUGCCCCAGGUUUCCAGCCCCUUCUCCUUGUUUUUUCUUUUCUUUUUAAACUUAAUAUUUAUAUUAUUUUGCUUACAGGACUGCUGAGCAUUUUCAAGGCACAGUGUUGCUGAGACCCCAAGCACCCAUUAUCUUAAUUUGAUCAGAGACCUAAAUUCCCUUCUCUCUAUAAAUUACCACGUUCAAAUUGUAUGCAAGUCUGUGUCAUAGGCCUGCGCCCUUUUAAACACCUAGUGGCAUCCCCAAGAGCAGCCAGCUCCAGAAGAACUAUAGAUCAAGUCACAAUGCGCAUUACACGGUCAAGGAAUUAAGUACCUAGAAAACACAUGUGCGCACAUGCAUAUAUAAAGGUACUUGGAAUGCAGAUUUCGAUGAGAGCUGAGGCUUUUUAGCCUAGUGGCAUCAAGCUUUUGGAUCAGUGAUCCUACUGAAAUCAGACAUGCACCUACAAUGCUGAUACUUCAUCUCCUGCUGAAAUCAUUUGUUUCACCAAGUGUUUUUAGAGAAUUAAUUUGAUUUGUGUUGG